AUGAGGGACGUGACGACGGUGCGGGAUGGGCCUAGGAGGUCGUGGGCGUGGGCGUGGGCGGUGAACGUCGUGUUGCCCUUUUUGAACGGGCUGAUGCUCGGGUUUGGCGAGUUGGUCGCCCAUGAGCUGGCGUGGCGGUGGCGUGGGAGGUUUGUUAUGGGUGCGAGGGACAGUGCUGGCCAAGUGGGUAGACUGUCUCACAUGAAGGUGUAUCCUGUGGAACGCAGACUCGCAGGGAUCGUCUAG